AUGGCAACAGCAGCAGCAACACUAGCAGCAGAAAUAGCCGAAGCAGCAGAUCCAGUACCGUCAAAUGCAGCAGCAGCGGCAGCAGCAGCGGCAGCAGCAGCGGCAGCAGCAACUGCAACGGCAGCAACAGCGGUAGCACAACCGCCAGUAAAGGUUGCAGCAGCAGCAGCAGCAGCAGCAGCAGCAGCCAGCAGCAUCACCAGCAGCAACACGAGGAACAAGAGAAACACAAGCAGCAGCAGCAGCAGCAGCAACAGCAACAACAACAGGAGCAGCAGCAGCAGCAGCAGCAGCAGCAGCAGGAUCUAA